AGCUGCCCUAAUUUGUUCCCUUCUCAAAUGGAAACGAAUAAUAUAACGGUCUGUAUUAGAAACAAAACCAAGAACAAGAACCAGCAUCAAGCCUCAGGCAAGCUCUUCCUUGCGGAUAACAAGCAGCUAGCUCUUCCUGAACGCAUGCACAUUUGCAAGUUAGGAUGAGCAGAAGAAGAUUUGGGUCAGUUCGAUCUGCUAACAGUCUAGUAUAUGGAGAUAGAACACUUGAAGGUAGUCCUUCUCCUUUGCUCAAGAGACAACAGCCCCCAUUUGAUUCCCCAGAGUCCCCUUCAAGAGCAAGAGAACUCCAUAUGGCACGGAGGGACAUAGGUCGAUACAGAGAAACCAGAACUGACACAGACUCGGUCAAAGAACAGGCGCAAAUUGAGUUAUAUGAUGCAAAGAAGAUAGCCAAAGAUCUCUCCUCAGUAAUUGAGGAAUCAAACUUGAUGGCCAGAGGACACACGAGAGAGAUUGAAGCACUAAGGAGACCGAGAAGGCGUGGAGAUAAUCGAGUAUUAUUGCCUGUUGGGAAUGAUCAUGUGGAGAAUAACAAAAAUUAUGAACAAGUCAUGAGAGAAUUGCAGCUUUUGAAACAGGAACUGAGCAUGCUCAAGAUCGAUAUGGCUAAUGUUUUGGAAGAGAAAUCGCAGGCAGAGAAGCAAGCAGAAGCCGCAAAUGAAAAGAUGAUGUUUUAUACAAGCUCGGCGGAAGCUAUCAGGAAGGAGAUUGAGGAAGCUGAUGAAGAGCAAGUGCUAGUUGAGUUGGCUCAGAUUGAAGCCUUGAAAGAAUUUGGAGAUAUUGAAGCUCAGAGACAACAAGAAGCCAAUCAACUCUCAUCUGCAGUGGAGGAAACCAGGAAAAAAGUGAAAGAUAUUACUGAAGAGAUUGAUCACUCAAAACAAGUUGAAACCAAAUUGUCUGUCACAUUGUCUAAUGUCGAUGCGUUACAGAAUGAACUAAAGCUAGUUAAAGGAAUGAACAAAAGUAGUAGUCAAAUGACUGAUAGCUUUCAGCUUUCGGAAACCAGUUUCCAAAGAGCAGAGGACUCGGAAGCUUCACCCUUGUUACACUCAAUCACAGAAGAACUAGAGGCGGCAAAGAAAGAACUGGCUGCAGUAAAGGAAGAAGGAUUCCAGUACAUGGCCUCCAUGGAUGUUAUAAGAAACGAGAUGAAGCAUAUCACAGAUCAGACAGCUCGGAUAAAGAAGGCAGAGGAUAAAGCAGAUUUAACUGUUCAAAAUCUCAAUUCAAAGCUUCUCAGAGCCAAAGUCAAGUUGGAAGCUGUAACUGCAUCUGAAGAAAAAGCAAAAUCAAUUCAAUCCAGUCUCUCACUCACUCUUGAACAGCUUAAGAAAGAUGCUGAUGCCGCAAACAAAGAGAAGGAGCAUUCCAGUGAAGAAGCUGCAACCAUUAAGUCGGAAAUACUCAAGAUUGAAUCGGAUAUAGACAUAGCUGAGGAAAAAUUUGAGGCUGCAAUGCAAGAGCUUGAAGCAGUAAAAUCUUCAGAGGCUGUAGCUCUUGAAAACCUCAAAACACUUAUUGAGAAUACCAUGAGAGCUAGAGCUUCUGCAGCUCAGAGUAGUUCUUCAAUUACCAUAUCCAAGUUUGAAUAUGAGUACUUGACUGGACGUGCAGUUGGGGCUGAAGAAAUUGCUGAUAAAAAGGUAGCAGCUGCUCAGGCUUGGGUUGAAGCUAUAAAGGCCAGUGAGAAGGAAAUAUUGAUAAAGAUGGACUUAGCUGAGAAAGAGCUGAAAGAAACGAAGGCCUCUAGACCUGAAAGACAACCUUCUGGACAGAGGAUGCUUGAGGGACAAGAAUUACAAAUUUGGAGACAAAAGAGGGACAGAAAUGCAGCAUCUGGAAACCGGCGAACUAAUGGAAAUUUAACUCCAUCAAGGCGAGCCAAGUUCCGAAAAUCUGCCUCUCCUGGAGCUCGGCAUAUGAAUAAUUUCCCCAUUCAGAAAAAGACGAAGGUAAUGCCUAAUCUGGGCAAGUUUUUUGGGGGUAAGAGAAUUGCAAAAGAUGUGUGAGCUGUUUCAAGUUUAUGCGAAGCCUAGUCCACUUUAGUAAGUGCUCCUCAAUAAAGCUUUUGGUUUCCAAAAAUAUGUACUCUGAAUGAUCUAGUAGUGUGUGAGAGAGUAUCCAUGUACAAUAAUGCCAUAGCUGUGAAGGUUUCAUGUCUGUAAUACAAGAGAUUAGAGUUGUAAGCAUGCUAGUCAUAAUCAUACAGCAAGCACGCGUUCUUCAA